AUGGCCUCCUUGAGCCCCAAGACUCCCCUGCAGCGGCGCGAGGGCGGCGCGGACCGUGCUCCGGUGCUGCUGGUGGCGCCCCACGCCACAGCGGAGUUGGACACGGUGGCGAGCUUUGUGGCGGGAUGGCCCGAGAAUCGGCCUGAGGUGGCGGAGGAGAUGAAUGAAUGGCAUGACGAAGGCAGUGGCGAAGCUUUCGAGGUGUGCUGCACCCAGCUGCAAGCACCGGGUUUUCGCCCCAUUUUGCCGCGGGGUUUGAUGGACCUGAAUCGCGGCUGGCUGGGCCGGACGGAGGAGGCUGAAACCUUGUUUGGGAAGGGUGCCUUGAGCGCGUGGUCCAAGGAGCACCUCAAGGUCGGCGCUUCGGAGCUGUUGGAGACGUGGUACCGGAACGCUUUGCAUGAGAUCAGGAUGGCCAGUGAGCUUGGGCAUGGAAUGGUGGAGAUUCAUAGCUAUGGCGAUUUGGGCUCCACCUACGACCGCCUCCGCGGUGGCCGCCCGCUGCGCCGGUCGGAGGCGGCGGUGGUGCUGUCGACGCCCUGGGCCACGCAGCUCCCGGUGGGCCUGGCGCGGCUGCUGCCGGGAGACCUCCGCGGGACACCCAAGGCCUUGGAACGACUCGUGGAUGAGGAGCUGGAGCGCGCAGGCUUUCACCUGGGCCCUUCGCCCUACCCGGCGCAAGGCCCCUGGGCGCUCUCCACCCGAUUCCUAGCAGCUCGAUGGUUCCGCUGGCUGGCACAGAAAGGGCACCUCCCCAGCGCCACUGCGGAGCACUUGGUGACCCUCGCCUGGUGCAACGAGCACGACGCGGAGACCGAGCAGGUGGCCACCGGACAGCUCGACGCGAGGAACGACCACUCGCGGCUGCAAGGGGUCCGGGAGUUGGCACUGCGGAUGGGCGAUUGGUCACAUGCGGCCAGUCAGCUUGGGGAUGAGUUUUGCAAGGAGGCUGGGUGCUUUACAUUGGUCAUUGAGAUGAGGUGCGAUUUGGUGAAGAGUGCAGAGGCCUUUGGGACUGCUAUCGCAGAAGCAUUACGCCGCUACACUGCCUGA